UCUGGUUGCAUUCUUACAGCGACACCGUGCGGUACAACCAAUGUUGGCUACAUAGCUACAGCAGGCUCCGGGGCCGACAUGUGGCCGGGAUACUUUCUGAUUCGUGCCGAAUUUACAGUUAAGCGCACCCGGGUAAAUCUAGUUUCCAUUUUCACAAAAGAGAGGAGUAUGUGUCUUGAAAUCAACUGAACGAUCAGAUAAAAAAACAACGGGCUAGCUUGUGAGCUAGGAAAUCCCUUAACGUCUGCCACUAGACACCAAAAGGACGGCUCAUAUCCAAGAUGACUGGUGGGCAGAGUCCAGGGGAUUGGGUAGAUCCAGACCCAGAGCACCCCCAGCGUUGCCCCAUCUGUUUGCAUCCUCUUGGGCAGUCUGAUCUAGGUGUCCCUGAAGGCUGCAGCCAUGUGUUCUGCCUCAGCUGUAUUAUGCGCUGGGCUGAGGUGGUGUGCUCGUGUCCUGUUGACAGAAUGACCUUCAAUGCCAUCUAUAAAUUGGAUUCCCAGCAAGGUUGCAUUAAGAUUUCUGUGAAGUCAACAGGCCUGAGAGAACUCAAUAUUGACAGCAGUAAAGUCAUAAAAUGGGAAGAGAAAGAGAAGAAAGGGAGAAUUGACAACGCCAAAGUUAAAUGCCUCAUCAGAAAGGGUGACUCUGACAGGGCUGCUGUUGUAAAGAAGAAAAAGGUCAGACAGUCAUUCUGCUGCCCCCGGAUUAUUCCCACACAUCCCUCCGCUCCUUCAUCCUCCCAGGCAGGGCUCCCACUUGCUGCACUAACCCCCUUAAUCGCUGGACCUUUGAUGUUGUCUGAAGAGGAACUUAUUGAUGAGGUUCCAGAACUGUGUCGGAUGGAAAUUCUAGAGUCUCCAUGGUUGUCUACCUCUGUACCCGUUGCCUCCAAAGGUCUUUUGCGGCAUUCUCCCCAUCCCCAAAUGUGGAGUGGCAAGUUGUUUUCGGAGCGGUCUGUCUCGCUUGUGUCUACCUCUCACGUUCCUCUGGCUUCAGGACAGUUGGUGUUUCAGGGAAGAGUUUGUGCAGUCACCUGUGCGAAAGGAGAGGAUAGGAAAGGCAACAGAAUGGCUGGCCCCAAAGGCUCUGGCAAGCAGCAAACCAGGAGAUCAUCUCGUCACAAUAAAGUUGAGGAGUCGGCAGCCUCCCAACCCUCACAGUCUGAUUCUGAACCCUCCUCCCCUGAUGACGGAUCAGGAAAAACGGGCAAAAUUUCAGAGUCCAGUGAGACAACUAUGACAACUAAGUCGAAGAAGGCAGCCAAACAAAAACCUCGAUCAAAGCGGAAAGGAGGACGGGGAAGGGGCCGUCGGCAAGCACCCAGUAACCCGGUAGAGAGUGAAGAGGAAGAAGAGGAGGAAGGUAAAGAGGAGCAGAAGAAAGAUGAAGAUGAUGAUGAAGAUCAAGGAGCAGGUCCUUCAGAGGAGGAAGUGCCGGAAUCUGAGAAAAGGCCAGAGGCAAGCCCCAGUCCAACCCAUGAUUCUAAUGACCAAGUGGUCUCCGAUCAUGAAUCUGAGACUGAAGAUAUCGAUCAUCUGACCAGUCCUCAUGAAGAUUGUAUGGAAUCACCAGACUCCAAGGGAAAUCAAGAGAUUGAAUUGGAGUCAGUGAAUGGUGCUGAGUCUCCGGAUGGUCUUCAGGACUAUACAGAGGCUACAUCUCCACCCGCAGGAAACCAGAGCCCAGACAUAACCAGCCACAAUACUGUAGUGUCGGAGGAAGAUUUGGCUUCAUGUGAGGAAACUGAAGAACCAGAAGACUCAGCUUUACCUGGUUCUCCUGAGGCUGUGCCAGAAGUCGUAGAGAAGGCAGAGUCCCAGACCACAGACGAAUCUCAAGACAUGGAUAUGUCUGACCUGCCGAUUACUGAUAAUGCAGCAGAGAUUGCAUCCGAAACUGAGCUCUCUGAAGAGCAACCCAAAACUAGUUCUGCCAUUGACACCACAUUUGAGCAGGACCCCUGUUCCCUAGAUGCAGAAUUGGCAAAAGACCCAGAACUGUCAAAUCCAGAGGCCUCUGAGCAAGACUUCCAUCAGGAUAACACUGAUGCUGUACCCAUGGACUGUGAUUCAUCACGCUCAGACUUUGGUGACCCUGUUUCCAAUACAACGAAAGAGGCUGACAACACUGACCGUGCUGACACAGUGACUCCGUCUGUCUCUGUCAGCCAUGCCUCAGAGAAGGAAGGGAGUACAGAGGCAACUGAAGGUCAGAAAUCAGAAACCGCAGCAGAACAAAAGGGCCCUGAUAAGACGGGACAGGACAGCCGGCAACGCAAGUCACGGUUUCAUUCAGCAACUACAACCUGGUCCCCCAAAAGAGAGUCCAGACGGGAAUCAUCACGGAGGUCACGUUCAAGGGACCGUCACCGUGGUGCCAGCUCCCCAUCAAGGAAUCGUAGCCGAGAACGAGAUGGUGAACGAGGCAGCUCAAGGCGACAUCGCAGCAGGGAGCGCAGCCGGGAGCGGAGCAAGGACCGCAGCCAGGAGCGGAGCAAGGACCGCAGCCGGGAGCGGAGCAAGGACCGCAGCCGGGAGCGGAGCAAGGACCGCAGCCGGGAGCGGAGCAAGGACCGCAGCCAGGAGCGGAGCGAGGACCCGAGCCAGGAGCGGAGCAAGGACCGUAGCCAGGAGCGGAGCAAGGACCGCAGCCGAGACAGAAGCAGGGAUAGAAGCGGAGAUCGGAGUCGUGAGAGAAGGAAGCGCAGCAGAAGUCGUUCAAGAAGCCGGUCAAGAUCCAGGUCCAGAACUAGACGUAGUCGAAGGGAUUCUCCUGAACGCUCUGAUCAUGGGGGACAGUCCCCGAAGAAAAGGGAGUCAAGGGACAGCUGGCGGGGUGGCCGAGAUUACCGUGAGAAUAACUGGAGGGGUGGGGCAGAGAGGCAGAGUAAUUUCCCCAGUUGGGAUACCAAUGCCUCAGACAAUGGCAACUUUCGAGAAGGAUCACCAGACAGAGGUCGACCGGAGGACCCAGACUGGGUGAAGGAGAAAAUUAGGCCAGAUACCGAGCUUAGAGGAGGAGGAGGAGAUUCAACCUCGGAUAGCUGGGCCAAGGGUGAUCGAGGUCAAGGUGGCUGGGGUUCAGAGCGAGGCGGCGGCGGUGGUGGUGGUCUGAGUCGUGGAAACUUCUGGUCCCCCAGCCAGCCCCGGAGUUUUCCAGCAGCGUCAAACAACUCAGGAAAUGAUGCAUACAGCCGCUUCAAUGAGAACCGAUUAGGUGGAAGGAGGAAGAUGGAACCAGAGUCUGGUGAGAGCCACCUGGACCGCUCAGGUUGGUCGUCUGCUUCCAAUUGGGCGGUGCGAAGAACACUUCCAGCUGAUGUGCAGAGCUACUACUCAAGAAAGGAGCGUGGUCCCAGCACUGGAGGCCCAUGGAGCAAACCAGAGGACGAGCAGUCAGCAGCAGGUCCCCCUAAAAGUGAGCCAAACCCCCAGGCACCCCCUGAGGCUCUGCCCACCCCUGUGAACGUCAUGGCCCCUCAGCUCAACGCCGUUGGUUACCCUCGGUACCCAAUCGGCCAAAUGCCGCCUCGUGGCCCCCCUGUCAGUCUCCAGCCUCCCCCCUUCGGCAUGCCAGCCCAUGUUCCUGUACACCUCCACCCUGGUGGUGGUCUCCUCCAGCUGCCAGCUGGGGCUGCCCAGGGCCUCCCGCCUCCUCCGCCACCACCACCCCCCAUCCAGCAGGCGAUGAGUGGUCAUGGUAAGGCCCUAUUCCCAUUCACUCCCACCAGAGCGGCGGGGGUCCCAGGCCAGGUGCCCCCCCAUGCCAUGCUCAGUGUGGCUCAACCAUCCUCCACCACCCAGUCCUCCGCAUACGGCAAGGCUGACGGCUCCAAGAAGGACAAGAAGGUUCAGAUUCAAGAAAGGGCCGUUAACGAAGUCAAGAAUGCCAUCAAGCCAUACUACCAAAAAAAGGACAUCACCAAGGACGAGUACAAAGAGAUUGUGCGCAAAGCUGUUGAAAAGAUCUGCCAUAGCAAGAGCGGAGAAGUGAACGCUGACAAAGUCGCCAACCUUGUGAAAGCCUACGUGGACAAAUACAAGCACAGCCGCCGUGGUAAGGCAGUGUGAGAGGAGCCCCAUCGCCCCUCGGUGCAAGUGCAAUUUAUUUUCCCAGCAAGGCCUCCCCACACAAGCCCAGUCAACUGGAUUUCCUGUUUUCGUAUCUCUGAACGAAUCAAGAUUUUUUUCUAUAGAUUGAAUAUUUUUGUUUAAAGUGGAUUUGAUAUAGCGCUGAAGCCCUUUAUUUGAAUAAGAUGCAAGGGGUGUGUACUACUGUAAAUCCAUUGAGAAUCCUUUGCAUUUUGGGGGGGGUGGGGGGGUUCCGGAGAGGGGAACAUACAUCUGAAGGGAAGACCCUUUGCCUGACUUGGUGGUCUUAAUAGGAGUGGAGAAUAACCUAGAAGGAUUCGGAGACUGUAACCCCCCCUAAUCCUUCCCUUCCCAGGCUGCAGUUGACUGGUACGAGUGGGCCUGACUUUACAACUGUGUGCCCAAGGACCUUUAUCAAAUCGCUGCGGCUCAAGUCUUUAUUUUUCUUUUUAUAUAUAUACAUAUAUAUAUAUUAAUUAUAAUAAUUUUGAUGAAAUCCUAAAGUAAAUGUGCAUUGCCUUUAUUCGGUCACCGUAGCUGCAGAGCAGUGUGCUGGUUAUGUCUUAGUGCAGCAGUGUAUGGGAUGUGAUUAGUUGCCAUUUGGUCAGGAUCAGGUGUUAAGUCUGUGGGGGGAAGAGGCAGAUCAGGUGGUUGCCUUGGCCUUUGUCGACUGUGCUGUUUAACCACUGUUCUUGUGUUAGCCCCCCUUCCCCUCCCCCCUCCCUAACCCUAACCCAGAAGCAAUGAAAUAAAUUGGCUGCUUCCAUGAU